UGGCGCUGUAAACAAGAUGGCGGACACAGGCGACAGGUACUUCGAUUGGACGUGUAAUAUGGAGCAAACUGUGAAAAAUAAGUCGUAGUGAAGGAUAUCGAUCGUACUGAUUGAACGGUUUGUCUGAAAUUGAUGGGAGGAGAUGCAACUGGCAAAAUGGCAGCAGAAAGGAGCAAAUUCUUUUUCUAUGACCAAUCAGACCAGCAAGCCCCGGGGAGGCGGUACAGGAAGAUGCCGGAGGACCUGCCGGAAAGUCUCAAGUAUGCUCGCCUUAACCCCAAAGUGGCAGCAUAUUUGGCCAGCAAGGAGCGUGAGGCCCAGAAACAGGCAGAACAAGAUCCGUUUGGUGACGGACUUGGCAAGAAAAGUUUACUUCCCCACAUAAAUAGUGCUGUGACACACAUAAAAAACCACCUAGACAGUUCCUUGUCUAAUGACGAGGGAUCUCAGAAAUUCUUGUUUGAGGAUACCAAGGCCUCCUCAGGAAACAUUCUACAACAAUUAUCGAGGUAUUUGUAUUUCUACGAUGACAUAUCUAGUCAUAUUCCUAGAGGUCUAGAGUAUCAACUAAUGGCACAAUGGAAGGAUUUGACAAAUGAUGUAAUUUUUAUCCCACGUGAGUGGCAGACGGCAGAGGGAAGGGAUCAGUACCUGGUUUCUCUGAGAGAGGUUCAGAGUGACGAAGACAGUGUGGAGCUGGGGACGGAUGUCCCAAUCAAAGUAACCGGGCGAAGUAGUGUGGACAAACUGGAAGGAAAAUCAAAAACCAAACGUUGUUCUACUAGUAAUAAAAAUGCAAUUCCAGAAAUCAUAAAAGAUGAAGUUGAUGGUGGUGAUAAACCAAUCAAGAGGAGUGACAGUCGCAUGUCAAACAUGUCUGUCUCACAGAACAGGAAUAGGUUAGAGUCUAAGACCGGACGCGCAUCCAGGGACCAGCUACGCUCAAACUCAAGGUUGCAAUCUGCAGCAAGCUCACGGAAACACCCUGAACAUGAUGAUUUGUUUUUCAACAUUGCAGAAACACCAUCGGAUCCCAGAACUGUCACAGGAACAAACCAGCCUGUCCCCUAUGGUACGACCAUCUCUGUGUCCAUGGUGUCCUGUGAAACCAAAGGUUGGAUUGUGAACAAAGGACGCCAAGAUGAAAUAGAUAAAAAUACCAUCCUCGAGUAUUGUAUACAAAUACUGCAGGAGACCAUGAAAGCUACGAAGGAACAGCGAAUAAAGGACAUUGAUAAUGGCUAUGACAGGGAAGUCCAGGUACGUUUUUACGGUGAUGCCAAGAAGGAGGCUAUGUUGAAGUACCGGAGGUCACCCCUAAAAACAGCUGUAAAACCCAUUUACAAGGGAGGUAAACCAAGGAUUCCCCCGGUAUUUGACGAGCGACAUGAAGGGAAGGACCUGUUGCAGGCAACACAUCUGGAUGGCUCUAGUGUUGUGUACUACCCCUCAGGCUAUAAGGCUGUAGUCUACACAGCUGCAGGGUUCGGACGACCGGGACACUACCUAUUGGCUUAUGAUGAUGGACCCGAGUCUAAGAUGCUGGCAUGUUUCACUCCCAGUGGGAAAGGUGUCUGCUAUGGAGAAAAUGGAGUAAUUCGCGUGCUGGUGACGGAGAAGGGAGGUCAUGAGGCGUUGGACGAUGGAUCUAUUCUUAGAAAGUGGAAGUGGCCAACCACUCAGAUGAAAACUUUUACCCCAGUCACAUUCCAGAUGAACCAUUCCCUGCUGUUCAGGUGUUCAGGCCAACAGGUGAUGUCCAUGAUAUUUAACUGCACUAAGGAAGUAGCUCGAUUCUCUCUAAGUGCUACACCAGGCGCUGUGGAGUCCAAACCAGGAGACGAAAACGAACAACUGCUGACUGCAUCUUUCCCCUUUUCAUCUCGAGCUGCCAAAGACUUGAUGAGGUUGUUUGCACCAAAACCAAGUAGGAAAAAUAAAAACCAAAAGAAGAAGCACCAUGGCCGUAGUCAUCACCCAGAAAUCCAGAAACUACUUGAAUUUUCAUUACAAUACGAUGCUGAGAAUGACAAGGAUCUGGCCAAACUUCAGAGAAAGGCCAAGGGUUUGGUGGAGGAGUGGAUGGAACACUACCGUUUGGCAGUUGGUCUCACUUCACCCUUCCUUAGCACCAUGAUUGAGUACCCAGAAUACAGCACAAGAAAGAGGAACAUCAAGUCUGCUCAGCUGGCAGAUAACGGACAGCUGUCACGACGAGCUAACAUGGAACUUGUCAGUCCAGUGCACAGCAGAGUACCAUCGGCUCCCCUUGUGAAAGCAAGAAGUAGAUCAGCCAAGAGCCUAGUUGAUGAAUUUGAGGUGAUGGAGUCUCGAAAGAAGAGUGCAGCUCCAUCUAACGUGAAGUUUGAGGAUGAUACCACAGAUGCUGGCGGUGAUGUCUCCCCAACGGCUAUCGCUAUGUUUGAAAGACUAGCACAUUCUGCGGGUAAACAUUCAUCACGAGGUAUACGGACUCCUGUAUCCAGUGCACCUUUGUCCCGCCAAUACACAAUUGCAACCACCAAUCCUAAUGCUGAGCUGCUGUCGAUGAUGAAGAGUCCAUGUCCUGUGGCUAUUCGCCAGGCUAUGCUUGGAUUGGAGCGACCCUUGUGUCGUUGUAGUCGUCACAUCAUACCACAGAUUAUGGACCUUGAGUAUGACACCUUCAUCCAGACGGAGGUGCCAGACACUCAGAUCGUAGUCAUUGAGGUGAUCUCCUCUAUAUUUCCCUACUCCACUGCGGCAGAGAAGAUGGUAGAAGAGAUCUAUACGAGUUGUAAUAGGAACCGUACCAAGCCCUGUGUUCAAUGUCGAGGAGACAUGUUCAGGCUCCUACAGUAUGACAUCACGACUGCUGCUGAGGGAUCUGACCACACCCAGCCUCUCCUUCUAACCCGACACAACGUGGUCCCUGGCAUGUUUCUAAUGUACCUCAAUGGAAAGCUUCUUUUCUGUGAUCAUAUUUUCAAUGGUUAUGGAAAUGCGAGAAAAGACUUCAGGAAACAGAUUAUGAAGUCAAGGGUUCAAGCAAUGCAAGGUUAUUCUCUGCCAAGGGAUUUCAGAUUCAGUCCAACUCGGGGUCGUAGUGGGAUGCGUUCAGCGUGGGGUGGAGAAAUAGGUGGAACAGGCGUUGACAAGUUUGGUCACCCCGGGACUGGGACAUCGUUGGACAGUGCACUGGUGCCAAUCAAACGACCAGGCUCUUCGUCUGCAGACAGUGGCAAGGACAUGCUAGACCAAGUCAAGGAGAUUUAUGUUCGUCUUGGACCUUUGCUUAACAUGCAACAGCAUACCAUCAAGAAGAGAAAACUGGAGUCCACUAGAGUUAUAACUAUGAGUCUGUCUCCGGGAGGAUUCCACCACACCAAUAUUGACGUACGACGUCACCUAUCGGCACCAGGGAGGAGAAUGCAGGGGACCGUUACGUGACCACGGAUGAAAACAAUAAUGCGGGACACUACAUACCUCAGCAGGACACCACAGAUCCUGUAGGAUCUGGCCCGUCACACGACAUAAAACAUAUCAUGGGACAAGAUGAUGACGACAUCUCCAUUACAAUAUAUAUUUAUUGAUUCAAUUGACUGUGAUAAACUUGUACGACUGAUAUAUUAUCCAUAUAUGGUAUUAUACUAGCUAGCGGCAGUGCUAUGUCUGGUGAGCGUUUUACAUAGACUUUGAUAACUACAUAUAGCUAAGUGCCAAUGUAAGAGAAAACGGUCAGACUUACUUGACCAAUUUAACCUAGUGCCUAAGAUUCUAACAAAACCGGUGGUUCUUUUUUUUAAACUAUUUUUUUUUCAAAACUUAACAAUUAAUUUCUCAAAUUUUACUUGGAAAAUAUAUGCUUUGUUGUGGCCUAAAUUUACAAAAAAAAAUAUAUCAGAUGUUGAAUUAGAAAUUAGAACACAACGUAGUUUAUUUUUGUUAUAUUUAUUUCCUAUUUUAUAAAUUUUUCAAAAUUGCUUCAAACUUGCUAUAAUGAAUCUAUGUUUUCUUUCUAGAAUACAUGUGUUUGAUCAUCAUUUCAGCAAAUAAUUAAAAGCUUUCUUAGUAUUGUAAUACAAAUAUAAUAUAUUUCAAGUCAUUACAGGGAUUUUAAAAGUUGGAUUUUUUUGCUGGUUAUUUAUUGCAUUUUAAUAAAAAAAAGUUCUAAUUUGCAGAUGGAAUUUUUCGAUACAGUUGUAGUUGUGAUUUGCAGUUGAACAUUUUUUGUUGUUGUUAAUGUUUUACUUGAUUAAAAAUCAUACCAGUUGGUAUUCUCAAUUUUAAAUUACGAGUAGGGGUCAAAAAUAGGCUCAGAUUUUAAAAUAAAAAAAUAUUUUGUUUUGUAAAUUUGAUUUACAAUAAUUUGAACCUUGUGAAUAUCUGAACUAUGUAUUGCUAACCUACAUAUACACACACCACCGGUGUCUAUAUCAUAGAGUAAACCCAAUGCUAUGAAACUUAUUGCCGCAAAAACUGCCAGUGUUUAUUUCCUUUUCUCUUGUGUAAUGCAAUAGCUUUGAAUUCUGUAGACCAUGAAUAUCUAAAUAUAUAACGAAAUGGUUCAAUCAUCUGCUUCCAUUUAAAACUUUUAUUUUUUGAGAACAGGGUAGUUCUGAAAAUCUGUUCUGAAUUUGAAUAAGAUAUGUUUUAUUAGUAUUGUGCUCAUAAAUAACUCAUUUUACGUAAGUAUUAUUUAUAAAUAAACAUAUUUUCUUGUUGAAUGAUUAUGAUGCUUGUGAUGAAAGAUUAGAUGAGUAAGCUGUGAUAAGGAUAUCAUUGUAGGUAGACUUGUUAUAAUUGUAGGUAUAUUUUAUUAUAAGUGCUGUCAAAAUGACCUGUCAUAUUCACCUUUUGUUGAUAUCAUUUAGUCACUGUUCAAAUCAGUCAUUCUAACUUUUUUUCAUGGUAUAUAUUAUUUCCACACCUAUUUUCAUUCCCCUCAAUUAGUGGGGUGAAGAAAGUAAUUGCUUCGUCAGUUUAUCGGUAUUGUGCAAUGAAAGAGCAAACUUAAAUUAGAUUUAAAUUAAACUAAUGAAAAUAUUUCAAUUAUUAACAAAAUGUUUUAAAAUUAUUUUGCUGACUUUUUUGACAAAUUUUUAAAGAAAAUUGUGCCUAAGUUAGAUUCCCUAGUAAGGACCUUAUGACAGUUCAUUAUGCCAGCACUAUAAUCACGGUUCUGCUUAACCUGUACUGGUGCCUGAUCAACUCACUAUAACUUUUAUGAACAAGAAAAUGCCAAAUAUACGUUAAUUUUUUGGUCUGUUAUUCUCUACUUUGUAUUUGAGACUGUUUAGUUGUAGUAGUAAAUCAUUUAAUGAUUGUCUAUAUUAAACGUUUUUUUUCUUCUUUUUUGUUUGUUACACAAUAUGCAGCCAAAUAUGCGAUAAAAAUGAAGCUUUAUUAGGGGUUAGUAUUAUGUCUUUGUCUGUGUUGUGUUGCUUGUGUAUGCCACUUUGUGUGUGCCAAAUCAUUACCUUUUCUCACCUCGUUACUUGCUACACCAUAUCUGAUUUACAUGUGUAGAAGAAUGAGGCUUGGUUGAGGCAUGUCCCUCUUAGAGCCCUAAAUCCAGAUCGUAGAUAUUAUAAGGUAGACUUACUAAAGUCCAGAUGACAAGGAAUCAUUAAUACAAUCGUUUGUAUGUUGAUUUGUUUUAUUUAUUUAAAUUAAGAUUAUAAUUUCAUUUUGUACUUGUGAUUAUAUGUAUGGGGGAAUAUUGGCCUGCAGGCUGAGACCAGUGAGCUAGAUUUGUAGAAAUUUGAUGGCCAAGAUCCAGGGACAGGUCAACUGGCUUUUGACUGUUGAACGUAAAUACAGUAUUUGUGAUUAUGUUGACAAGAGAUGUUACCUCCUAGUAAUUCCUGUAGUAUUACUGUGAAAUCAGAAAUGUUUGUGGGGCCAAAAUUUCCUGGUUUCCUGAAAAAACUUAAAUUACGAGUACCCACUACAACGAAGAAUCGCUUUAUAUUGAAUUUGUGAUUACUUCGUGGACCUAUGAAUUCGUGGAUGAAUAUAACCCACGAAAUCAACAAAAUAAAAA